AAGUGUAUAUGGCUGCUAUUUUCUAUUUCUAUUUUUAAAUAAGUAAAAAUCUUAUAUCAGAAAUUUUAUCCAAUGCAAAAAAAAAAAAAAAAAGAACACACAUCCUAUGUCUAUUUAAACCAAUCUUCUCCAGCACUUUGCUUAAAUAUUGUUAUUCUUCAUAAAAGUUUUCAUGAAGACCAUAAUGUCGGUGCUCUUACUGUUUUCUAUCUUUGCUGCAAGCUUCACUCUUGUUGUUGGACUUGAUGGUUGUCGUCCCGACCAGAUUCAAGCCAUAACGCAAUUCAAGAACGAGUUUGAUUCCAGAGAUUGCAACCAAACUGACUACUUCAAUGGAGUAGGGUGCGAUAACACAACUGGUGUGGUCACAAAGCUACAACUCCCAAGUGGCUGCCUUCGUGGAACCUUAAAGCCCAACAGUAGCCUCUUCAGCUUGCAGCAUCUUCGUUACCUUAAUCUCUCAAAUAACAACUUCACUUCUGCUUCGCUCCCUUCUGGAUUUGGAAAUCUCAACAAAUUACAGGUCUUGUAUCUUUCCUCUAAUGGCUUUCUAGGUCAAGUUCCUUCCUCAUUUAGUAACCUUAGCCAGCUUUACAUUUUAGACCUUUCCCAUAAUGAGCUCACGGGUAGUUUCCCAUUUGUACAAAAUCUAACAAAGCUCUCGAUUUUAGAGCUUUCCUAUAAUCACUUCUCUGGAGCCAUCCCUUCUUCUCUCCUCACUUUGCCUUUCUUAUCAUCUCUUCAUCUGCGUGAAAACUAUCUCACUGGUUCUAUUGAAGUUCCUAACUCCUCUACCUCAUCUAGGCUCGAGUUCAUGUACCUUGGGAAUAACCAUUUUGAAGGACAGAUCCUAGAGCCUAUCUCAAAGCUCAUCAACCUCAAGGAGCUCGACAUUUCUUUCCUAAACACAAGCUACCCAAUUGACUUAAACCUCUUCUCCUCUCUCAAAUCUUUGGUGAGGCUUGUUCUUUCCGGUAACAGUUUAUUGGCUACUAGUAUAAGUUCAGAUUCCAAGAUCCCACUGAACUUGGAGGAUUUGGUCUUGUUGAGUUGUGGUCUCAUUGAGUUCCCAACCAUCUUAAAGAACCUUAAGAAAUUGGAGUAUAUAGACCUUUCCAACAAUAAAAUAAAAGGGAAAGUCCCUGAGUGGUUGUGGAACCUUCCUCGUCUGGGCAGAGUGAAUCUUUUAAACAAUUUGUUCACUGAUUUAGAAGGUUCGGGAGAAGUUUUACUGAAUUCAUCGGUGAGGUUUUUAGAUUUGGGUUAUAACCAUUUUAGAGGACCAUUUCCAAAACCACCACUCUCUAUCAACCUCUUAUCUGCAUGGAACAAUAGUUUCACAGGAAACAUACCUCUUGAAACCUGCAACCGAAGCUCUCUUGCUGUUCUUGACCUAUCCUACAACAACUUAACUGGUCCAAUUCCUCGUUGUUUGAGUAAUUUCCAAGAGUCUCUCAUUGUAGUGAACCUCCGGAAGAACAACUUGGAAGGAAGUCUUCCAGAUAUAUUCUCUGAUGGUGCCUUGCUUCGGACACUUGACGUUGGCUACAAUCAACUAACCGGGAAGCUUCCAAGGUCUCUUCUGAAUUGCUCUAUGCUAAGGUUUGUAAGCGUAGACCACAACAGAAUCAAAGACACAUUUCCUUUCUGGCUUAAGGCUUUACCUGAUUUACAAGCUCUUACCCUCCGUUCAAACAAAUUCCAUGGCCCUAUAUCUCCUCCUGAUCGAGGUCCUCUUGCGUUUCCCAAGCUGCGCAUACUUGAAAUAGCAGAUAACAACCUUAUAGGAAGCUUGCCACCAAAUUACUUUGUGAAUUGGGAAGCAUCAUCACUCCACAUGAAUGAAGAUGGGAGAAUCUAUAUGGGUGACUACAACAAUCCUUACUAUAUAUAUGAAGAUACAGUGGAUUUGCAAUACAAAGGUCUAUUCAUGGAGCAAGGAAAGGUCCUUACUUCCUAUGCCACCAUUGAUUUUUCUGGGAACAAACUUGAAGGACAGAUUCCCGAAUCCAUUGGUCAUUUGAAGGCAUUGAUUGCACUCAACUUAUCAAACAACGCAUUCACAGGCCAUAUUCCUCCAUCUUUGGCAAACGUGACAGAGCUGGAGUCACUAGACCUCUCAAGAAACCAACUGUCCGGGAAUAUUCCUAAAGGACUCGGGAGCCUCUCGUUUUUGGCGUACAUAAGUGUGGCCCACAACCAACUCACAGGUGAAAUACCACAAGGGACACAAAUCACUGGGCAAUCUAAAUCCUCCUUUGAAGGGAAUGCAGGGCUUUGUGGUCUUCCUUUGGAGGAGACUUGCUUUGGGAGUAAUGCGCCACCAACACAACAGCCUAAGGAAGAAGACGAAGAAGAGGAACAAGUGUUAAACUGGAAAGCAAUGCUUAUAGGGUAUGGGCCUGGACUGCUGUUCGGGUUGGUAAUAGCACACGUUAUUGCUUCAUACAAGCCGAAGUGGUCGGAGAAGCGCAAGGAAGUCAAUCCAGUUAGAUUGUUUAUGACUUUGGAUUCAAGAUGGGAUAGUUUUAAUAAUAAAAAUAACGUAGAACAAAAAAGUGAUAUGUAAAUGUAGUAUGUGGAUAUAUUGUUACCUGAUGUAAGAAAGAGGUUUUACUAGUUAGUUUCUGUAACUUUUGGUUCCCUUAAAUAAGAUCUCUGUUUGGCUGAUAAUGUCCUGAUGUAUGUCUUGAUAUAUUGGUUGAGAAAGAGGCUUAUGAUAUACUGUUUUGGUU